GCAGCCUUUGCAAGCCAGGAUUUUCCUCUGUAGGGAAAGGAAGGAAGGGAGAGAGAGAGGGAAGGAGAGUGUGGAAGGACUGGCAGGGAUCUGUCCUGCGGCCCCAGAAAUGAUGCCAUGAAGGAAGAGGCCCCUGGAGACCCCCCAGAGUCCCUGGAGCCCUUUGGAGCUGCUCUGCCAGAGAGACGAAGGAUGGAGACACCCCCUUUGGCCAAGGAGGGAAGUGGGAAAGGACCCGCAGCUCUUCAGCCUGGCAGCUGUGGGGAGAGCUGGACCAGACCCGGGCAGAAGGUCCUGCAGGAGGGAACCCUCCUCCCUUCAGAAGUUCCACCCUGGACCUCCAUCCGAUACCAGGAGGCUGAGGGUCCCCGAGGACUUUGCAGCCGACUCCAUGACUUGUGCAGGCGAUGGCUGAGGCCAGGAAAGCACAGCAAAGCCCAGGUGCUGGACCUGGUGGUUCUGGAGCGGCUCCUGGCUCUCCUGCCCCCAGAGAUGGAGGGCUGGGUGCGGGAGUGUGGAGCAGAGAGCAGCUCCCAGGCGGUGGCCCUGGCAGAAGGCUUCCUCCUGAGCCAAGCAGAGGAGCAAAAGGAGCAGCUCCAGCCGCAGUGCUGCACUGUGGAGAUCAGAGAUGCUGAGGGAAAGAAGAACCCAUCAAAUCCCCCUCAGGAGCUUUUUUUCAGGAGGAUCCCUUGGGAAGAUCCAAGUCAGGACACCUCAGGAGAGAAACAAAGAAUGAAGCUUUCUGGUUUUUAUGAUGGAGAUCAAACAGCGGUUGAACCUCCAAAUCAAGAGGGUCUUGUGUCCUUUGAGGAGGUGGCUGUGUAUUUCUCUGAGGAGGAAUGGUCUCAGCUGGAUACUGACCAGAAAGUAUUGCAUUCGGAAGUCAUGCUUGAAAACCAUAGGAACGUAGUCUCUCUGGGUAAUAAUGGACAGCAAAAUCAAAAUUCCUCUGAACUGUUCCAAGUGAUCAGUGCUAAAGAUGGAACGGAGAAGUUAGGAAUUCAAAUGGAAUUCGAAAGCCAUGAGACAAACCAGUCAAAGAAUUGGAAUCAGGAAAGCUCAUCUUCCACUGAUGCACCAAUACAACACUUUAUU